AUUAGCUUAGCUGGACAACAGUGACGUCUGGGCUGUUCAAAUCUUCCUUGCUCCUCUUCGUGAAAAGGGUAUUAUUCUCUUUUCUUCUCAAGAGCGUCUACUAGAAUGCAGACGAGAAGUGUUCAAGUAAACAAUGUCUCAGAUCUAGCGACGGAGAGCGAGAUUCACGAGUUCUUCUCUUUCUCAGGCGACAUAGAACACAUUGAAAUCCAAAAGUGCAGAGAAGUUGGGCAGUCUCGAGUCGCAUUUGUUACGUUUACUGAUCCAAAAGCCCUUGAAAUCGCCUUGUUAUUAUCGGGUGCGACGAUUGUGGACCAGAUUGUUACAAUAACUCGAGCUGAAAACUAUGUUCAGAGGCGUGAGAUGCAGGAAGUAAGAAUGGUCGACAACGCGAUGCACCUUGGUAAUCCAGAGAGUGCUACACAGACCAAAACUACCGUGGAUGGCAAUAGUAGAGCAUAUGUUAGCAAAGCACAAGAUGUGGUGGCAACUGUUUUGGCAAAAGGUUCUGCUCUUGGACAAGAUGCCGUGAAUAAAGCCAAGGCUUUUGACGAAAAGCAUCAAUUAAGAGCCAAUGCUUCUGCCAAAGUUUCAUCUUUUGACAAGCGAGUUGGGCUUACUGGGAAGUUAACUGUUGGUAUUUCUGCUGUUAAUGAGAAAGUAAAAUCUUUUGAUCAAAAGCUUCAGGUCUCCGAUAAAACCAUGGCAGCAAUAUUUGCAGCCGAGAAGAAAUUAAACGACACGGGUUCAGCUGUCAAAUCAAGCAGGUACGUGACUGCUGGAGCUGCUUGGUUUAGUGGCGCUUUCAGUAAAGUGGCGAGAGUAGGUCAGGUUGCUGGCUCAAAAACCAAAGAGAAGUUCAAUCUAGCUGUCUCAAAUAUGAGUUCCAAGUUAUAGUUAUGACCGAAGAACUGAUUAAACUGGCUUCCCCAGGAUACACCGAUUGCAGUAUAAUGAAAAGCUUGGAAAUCUAGUAAGCGUUGGAGUCAUGAUCAACGAAAGUUGCUAUGAUGGCUUUGUGUAAACAAAUUUUUUGUGAUAUAGCGUAUUCUCAUUCUUUUAGUGUUCUUCAUAUUUCUGUGUGUGCUGCAUUGUCCUCAAUUUUACUUCAUUUGCAAGUGUUUUUGGAUUUCCCAGUUUCCUAGUUAAGGCUUGGUCUUUGUAUCGUGUUGAAUUGAUGGACACUGUAUCUGAAUUGAAGGUUGAUGGCUUACAAUUGCUUGUAUUCGAUAAUAGUUUCACUUA